AUGGAGGACGCUAUCCAAGACGAAGACGAAGACAGUUUUCAAAGAAGCUUUAUGAAGCUUGGAUCUUUUGCUGCAGACCGUCAACACAACCGGCUUGAAGAAAGUCACAUUCUACACGAAGCAGCAAAGAGAAACUCCCUCCUAAUUGUCACCCUCAUCCUCUCCACCAAUCCCAACACGAAUGCGAGAAACCUAGAGGGCUGGGCUGCUCUGCAUAUUGCAGCUGAUUCAAGGUGUGAAAACGCACCUGAGAUCAUCACCGCUCUGAUCCACCAUGGCGCUGAUGUCAAUAUGAGGGAUGCCACCCAAUGGCUCCCUCUUCAUCGAGCUGUGAACAGUCGAGCGGUAGAGAAUGCGCUUAGACUCAUUGACAACGGCGCCGAAGUCAAUGCAGUGGUUCCCGACGUGGGCGCAACCAUCUAUCUCGCCCUCGAUGCCAUUCAAGACAGCCCUCCUACGGCUCUGGCGAUGGUUUCGAACCUUCUGUCUGCGGGCGCAGACCCCAACUCCCGAGACUAUCAUGGCAACACCCCUCUUCACAGGGUCCGCCAGCUCCAGUCGCAAAUAGUCGAUCGCCUCCUCGAGGCAGGAGCAGAUCCCAAUGCCCAAGAUUACGAGAGAAAGACCCCACUCCAUAAAGCUGUUACCAACGACGAGUAUCUUCUAGCCAGAACUCUAUACAACGCUGGCGGAGAUCCGACUGCAGUUGAUAAGGAUGGGGCGACACCAGAAGCACUUGCAGCGGAUCGUGAAUAUCAUGACUCGUUCGAAGCCCUGUUUAAUGCGUCCAGGACAAGUCAGAAACCAAAGUUUCGGCUGCUAUACCAACAGGCUCGGCCUUUUGAAAUGCACCCUGUACGUAGGGAGGUCUGUGCGGAAUUCCGAGGCUCCUUCUGGUACAUCAAAACCCCAGUAGACGCUAAGGAAAACUUCAAAUCGUCCGAGUAUGAUGACUAUGGUAAGCCGCGCGUCAGCUGCUCUCCGCUAGCAGAGCCAGAAGAUGAAAGUUCCACACCAGGGGAUGUGACGUGCCGCCAGUUGACCAGGGCCACACCGACAGUGUACGAUAUGCUAUAUAGUGACGCUUUACUAAACGGCUUCAAAGUGGCUAGUGGUCCUAGGUGGAUUCACCUACCAUUCACAGUUAAACUAUGGAUAGAUCACUUGAUUGAGGCCAUCGCCAGAAUUACCGCGCACGGUAAUUCGAGCCUCCCUCGGACAGACAACGAUAGUGCAGCUUCCGGGGCAAACCAUCUGGGUGACAGCGCUGAUAUCAAGCGCUUCAUCUCGGAAACAUUCAAUGAAACUGGGCUAGUAGCAGGUUAUCGGCAGCCUGGGCUUGUAUUUAAAGAAAGCCCCGGAAAGCAGGCACCCCACAGAGUCUCGUUAGUUCUGCCUUUGAUCGACGUGGACUACAGCAUCACAGAGAUGACACGCGUGGGAAUCGGGAAUGGGGUCAGAGGAAACAGAGAUGAAAGAAAUCAAACGCACAUCCAAACAAUUAGAAAACUACAGGGUAGCUACGAUGACGAUUGCUGCAGGCUACAUUUCCCCCGGACAUUGGACGAGUCAAGCUAUGACUUUCUAGAGACUGAUGAUUUGAAAAGGCGCGAUCAGAGUCAGGUUCUCACUGUGUAUCUGGAGGGCAAGAGGGCCCUUGCAGAAGCGGAAUCGUCAACACCUGCCAGCACCAGACGCUUAUUAGGACAAGCGGUACCCAAAUCUAGAGAAGGUGCAAGGGAACAUUUACUUUGGAGAACACUGAAGAACGAAAAGUCAGCCGCGCCUUCAGCCAGUGCUGGCCAGGAGAAUGAUGGCCCGAUUCGGACAAAAAUGCUGAUGGUUCCACAGCUUUGGUUAUGGAAGCUUGAUGAGCAUACCAUCAUUUCGGCAUACCCAGAAAGAUGGGAUGCACCAUGCGGCCAGUCGAUGUUUGACAAGGUCCGAAGAGAACUGCAGUUCUGUACAACAGUCGACGAUGCGAUUUCCAAAAUAGCAGACACUUGUGUGAAUUACAUACAAGACUCGUGGUAUGUGUCCAAAGGCAAGUCUUACACAACCUUCGAUGCAUUCGAUCAGACCAUUGCAGAGGCGUCUAACGAAGUCACCAAAUGCUACGAGGAAUUCGAAACGUCAGUCGGUUCAGCGAACAAGAACAUUCACCUCCAGGUCCACAGAGGUGCAGGUAUACUCAAGAAGAUCAGCGACGUUGUGGACGAGAUUGGUAUAAUCAAACGAGUGUUGAACGAUCAAGCCCUCGUCAUGACGAGCAUCCUCCGAUGGAGAUCUCAAACGGAUGGUCCUGACAGGGCGGAGGAGGCCAAAUAUAUGCACCAUCCACUAGAACGGUUCAACCGGCUGGAACAAAACGCGAGCAGCGUUCAGAGUUCGCUUAUUACCCUCCUUGAUAUCUGGCAAAGGGAAUCGAUCAUCGAUGAUGCACGCGAGGAAUCAAGACAGUCUCGUGUUCUAUUUGUCUUCACGGCUGUCACUGUGUGUUUUUUGCCUCUCUCCUUCAUCGGACAGGUAUUGGCUUUGCCAAUGAAAGAGCUGGACAGGGACCCUGGCGAGCACUUUGCCGCCUCGUGGGUCCUCGAGGUAGAAGGCAAGUAUCACGCCGCUGGCAAAGAUCAAUCAAAGGGACAAGUAAGCUGA